AGCAAUCGGUGGAAACACCAAGCAAACGACGUGUUAUAUCGAAGCGAAUUAUUGAAUCUUUAUAUUGAGAGUACAUUGAAGAAUCACAGAAGAAAAUGCCCGCUGUAGGAAUCGAUCUAGGAACGACGUAUUCAUGCGUGGGAGUGUGGCAACAUGGCAACGUGGAGAUCAUCGCCAACGACCAGGGCAACAGGACCACACCAUCGUACGUAGCCUUCACGGACACGGAGCGGCUCAUCGGCGAUGCGGCCAAGAACCAGGUGGCGAUGAACCCCAACAACACAGUGUUCGACGCUAAGAGACUGAUCGGGCGCAAAUUCGACGACUCCAAGAUCCAGCAAGAUAUGCAGCACUGGCCCUUCAAGGUUGUGAACGAUUGCGGCAAGCCCAAGAUCCAAGUGGAGUACAAGGGCGAGACGAAACGGUUCGCGCCCGAGGAGAUCAGCAGCAUGGUGCUGACGAAGAUGAAGCAGACCGCGGAGGCGUACCUGGGCUGUGCGGUGCGUGACGCAGUGAUCACGGUACCGGCGUACUUUAACGACUCGCAGCGACAGGCGACUAAGGACGCGGGCGCCAUCGCCGGUCUAAAUGUGCUGCGAAUCAUCAACGAACCCACCGCGGCGGCGCUCGCGUACGGACUCGACAAGAACCUGAAGGGCGAACGGAACGUACUCAUCUUCGACUUGGGCGGCGGCACCUUCGACGUGUCCGUCCUGACCAUCGACGAGGGCUCACUGUUUGAAGUGAAGGCGACGGCAGGUGACACACAUCUCGGCGGUGAAGACUUCGACAACCGACUGGUAAACCACCUCGCCGAUGAGUUCCGUCGCAAGUAUCGUAAGGACAUCCGCGGUAACACGCGCGCACUUCGGCGCCUGCGCACCGCUGCCGAGCGAGCCAAGCGCACACUUUCCUCCAGCACCGAGGCUAGCAUUGAAAUCGACGCGCUGCACGAGGGCAUCGAUUUCUACACCCGAGUAUCACGCGCGCGCUUUGAGGAGCUCAACGCGGACCUGUUCCGCGGCACACUCGCGCCAGUAGAGCAGGCGCUCAGGGAUGCCAAAUUAGAUAAGAGCUCUAUCCACGAUGUAGUACUCGUCGGCGGCUCCACGCGCAUUCCCAAGAUCCAGAGUAUGUUGAGAGACUUCUUCUGCGGUAAACAGCUCAACUUAUCGAUCAACCCAGACGAGGCAGUCGCGUACGGCGCCGCAGUACAAGCCGCCAUCCUCAGUGGUGAACAGCACUCUAAGAUCCAGGAUGUGCUGUUGGUAGACGUAGCACCUCUAUCGCUCGGUAUCGAGACUGCCGGUGGAGUCAUGACCAAGAUUGUCGAGCGCAACGCCAAGAUCCCGUGCAAGCAGACGCAAACAUUCACCACAUACGCGGACAACCAGCCAGCGGUGACCGUGCAGGUGUACGAGGGCGAGCGUGCUAUGACCAAGGAUAACAACCUGCUGGGCCGGUUCGACCUGACCGGCAUUCCGCCGGCACCGCGUGGCGUGCCUAAGAUCGACGUCACUUUCGACUUGGACGCGAACGGCAUCCUAAACGUGACCGCAAAGGAGAACAGCAGCGGCCGCUCGCAGAACAUCGUAAUCAAGAACGACAAAGGGCGGCUGUCACGCGCCGAAAUCGACCGCAUGGUGGAGGAGGCGGAGCGGUACAAGGAGGAAGACGAGCGACAGCGGCGGCGCGUGGAGGCGCGCAACCAGCUCGAGACAUACGCGUUCAACGUGAGGCAGGCGCUGGACGAGGCGGGUGAGCGGCUCGCCGAGCAAGACAAGGCGACGGCGCGCUCCGCCUGCGAGGACGCACUGCGCUGGCUUGACAACAACGCGCUGGCCGAGCGGGAUGAGUACGAGCACAAGCUGCGUGAGCUGCAGCAAGCUUGCUCGCCCAUCAUGAGCAAGCUGCACGGAGCCGCCGCUGAUGGCAACCGACAACAACAACAGCAGCAGCAGCGACAGCAGUACGGCACAGGACCCACCGUCGAGGAGGUUGACUGAACAGUGAACACACCGCAGAACAACUAGUCGACAUUUUAUAUUCUGAUCUCACCCACCAAUAUUACUGUAAAUAGUAGUUGUUAGCUCUGUACAUAACGUCUAGGUUAAGUUAAUUUAUUUUAGGGUAUAACAUUCCAAUUCCAACUGAUGAUUGUGACUGUUAAUAAAAAUAAAUGCAUAUAAAAUUAAACGUCAUUGUUUUAUUUA